AUGCUGAGGAGAUCUGAGGAGCUUGAAGAGAUUUCAAGAAUGCCAGGACCAGGGCCCCCUCCGGCGGAAGCCUGGCGGCGCCUGGUGGCCUCCGACCGAGCCGGGGAGAUCGAGCUCUCCGUCCAGGUCCUGCGCAGGCAGAUGGCCCGGACUCAGCAGGCAAGCCUCCAGCACUGGCGCCGCUGGGCGGAACGUGCGCCCGGCAGGAACGAGCGGCGGCGAUUUCGUGAUUGUCUGCGCCGUUUGGCGCUUCGUCGCUGGCACCAGCGGAGCCUGGCAAACCAGCAGCAGCGGGAGCUCGCAGACCAGGCGAGCGCUCUACUCCGGGUGCGUGCCCUCCGCCAGGCCCUCCGGGGCCUCGCUCGGGGCGGUGCCAAGGAGGAGGACACACGGCGCAAGAAGCGCCUGUCACUGGAGAAAGUGCAGCUUCGACGUCGACUCAGCUCUGGAUUUUCAUGGUGGCUGAGUUCCGCCCACGGCUCCCGGCGGAACAGCGCGGCCCGCCUGGCGCUGCAGCGCUCCGCGGCCCGGCGGGCUCUGCACAGGCUGCAGUCGCACCUCCGGGACAGCAAGGAGCUGCAGCUUGCACAGAACUUGGCGCAGAUGCAGCUGAAGGGCUCCACGCGACGAAGAGCUAUUCGUCGGUGGUCACGCUGGUGCCGCAAGCGUCAGCAAAGGCGUCUGCUUUUGCGAGGACACCUGCUGAACUACAGCAGACCACGCUUGCUUCGCCGCUGCUUUCAUGGUUGGGCUUCCCACGCGAGGGAAGAGCAGAGGAACCAAGUCACGCUUCUGAAGGCACAGGUUAUUCUGGACUUGUCCCUCAAGCGCCGCACAUUCCACAGCUGGUGGGGACGGUGGCAGUCGGUCUUCAAGGGGAUCUCCGUGUUGCGAGGCUUCGGGCGGAGUUUGGACGACGAGCGGCUGCUGUUUUUCAUGGCAGCCUGGCGGGCAUCCCUUGAGCGGCUUCGACAGGAGCGCGUGGUGUUGCAUGGCUUGGCCGAGAGUUUGCGGAAGCGACUCCAAGGAGGCGUUGUGCGCCGCCUCGCCGACUUUGCAGCAACGCGGCGCCGCCACGGCGAGGCCUCGGCCGCGAUCGAACGGCGGCAGCGGAGGUUCAUUCAGGCGGUUGCCUUGCAUGCCUGGCGCGGUCGGCAUCACGCCGGACGCGAGGCCACUUCGAAGCUUCGAGGUCUGAACGAGGUCCUUCACAAGGACUUCGUGUCCCAGCUGCUGGCCUCCUGGAACUCAGCGGCGCGGCAGCUACGCCUGGCCCGUGCGGCGAUCGAAACUCUUGCUCGCGGAGUGGGUAAGAUGCGACAAGCAGGAGCCCUGUCGCGGCUCCGGGGCUUCCAUGCCCAGCGGCUCCGCGAGGAGCAGCUUGAAGCCAAAGAGCUGGCUGUGCAAGCAGCCCAGCGGCGGAGGCUCUGUCAUUACAGUUUGGGGCGCUGGAUCCACCUGUUCGACGCCGUCAGAUACCGACGGCAUCAGCAAACGACAGGGCUGCUUGGUCGAACAUGGAGAGCUUGGCUCCAGGUCGUGCAGGAGGAGCUAGAACUGGCCAGGCUGCGUGUUGCCCAAGGCAUGACACUCCGCCUGAGUUUGCUUCUGCGAGCUGGGUUCGAGUGGUGGUGUGCAGCCGUUCAAAGCGGCCGCGAGUUCCGGGUAUUGGUACCCGUCCUGCUGGAAUCCGUCUCGGAUGCCCUGGAAGCGCAUGCACUACGCUGCGAGUGGUUGGCUUGGCAAGAAUGGUGGUGCCACGUUGGAGAAUGUAGAGCUGCCGAUGCCGAGGAGUUGCUGCUUUCAUGCCUGCGAGCCUGGCAGCAGAGCGCCUUGGAACAGCGCCACAAACGCGGGGUGCACCUUCUUUGUGAGCGCUAUCGGAACACACGCACCAGGCGGAAAGUCCUACAUGCUUGGCAGCGGCGGUUGAAGCGGCUGUCGGUUGUCACACAGUCUGUGCACCUCUGGGCUGCUUCCCGCGCCACGCUUUGGGCACAAACUGUCGCCAUGGCUUGGCACAACUGUGCAGCACGGCGUCGAAGCAGCCAGGUUGCAGCCACACAGCUGUUGUGGCAGAGGCGGGCGCGAUUGAUUUCCACUUGGCGCCUGCUCCUCUUGCGGCGCCUUGCAGCCCAGGGAGUAGCGGAGGCCGUGCUCCUCUCACGGGCGCUGCGCUGGCUGCGGGCCUGGCGGCUUUGGGCCUUCACGCAUGCAAGAAGGAGGGAAGCCGAUGAAGCGAAGGCCACGUUUGUUCGCCAGUCAAGGCAGCGAUGGUGGGUUGAGCGCUGGUGCUCUGUUUGCCGUUUGAAUCGGUUGGUGGAUGUGGCAGAGAAGUGGGAUGGCCAAGUCGUAUGCAGGCAGCUUGUCCGCACAGCCUUCAGGGGCUGGUCGGCCCUGAUGGGGCUGUACGCCUGUGCAGAGAAGGUUGCGGGAGUGCUUGCUGCUCAUCGUAUGUCUCGUGUGCUGCGUCUGUGGUCCUUCCUCCUGAGAGUUGGCGAGAAGCGGCCGCAUCAGAUUAUGCGCAGUGCGCUUGCGCAGUGGGCGGCAGCAAGGAAUCGCAACACCGAAGUUCGGCAGGGCCUGUACAGGCUUGGCCGCUGGACGAUGAAGCCCGUCUUCCAGCAAUGGCUGCUGUACCUGAGAGACCGACGGCGGCGUCAGGGUCUGCUGGUCAACCACAGGGGCCGCCUUGAGGACAGCACCAAAGGCCGCGAGCAGCGCAGUGCGCUGUCGUGGUGGCACCAUGUGGCAGACGAGGUCCGCCGGGAGCAGCGCAAAGACGCUGCACACUCACCAAGCGCGGAGCGCGAUGCCGAGAGGCAUGAGCAAGUGCUCCAAGUCAGACGGCGCGAGCUUCUCCUCCACUGGCGUGAGGCCUUGCUUUUCAAGCGUGCGCGGCUGUGGCAGCGGCAGCGGCCCCGCCUGGUCAUGGACAUCACUGGGCAGACAAUGCUCGCCGCCUGCUUCCUCGUUCUAGCGCAGCGAGCUCGCCAAAGGCGAGCCGCUAGCAAGGCGCAGGAGAAAGUGCGCGCUAUGUGUGACAGAUCCUCUCUGACAAGAAGCUUUGACGAGUGGGCGAAGGUGUACGAGUUCGAGUCUUCCAGCUUCUUUGCGUCGCGCCUGCUUGACCGGUGGAAGCUCUCCAGGAUUCUUGAGCGCUGGAAGCACCACACAGUCUUCAGAGCUGGCUUUACGUCUCAUGUCAACAAGAAGACAAACAGCGCCAAGCUCCAGCGACUUGCCUCGUGCAUGGCAGCCUGGAAAGAGAGGCUGCAGCUUCGGCAAAUAGUGGCAGGUAUGUGGCUCGGCCGACGCCGGGCCUGGAACUCGGCCCUCCUCCUGGCUUGGAGGAGCCAGGCAAACAAGGUUGCUGAGCAGCGGCGGCAGCUGCGGCGGCUGUACCGCGUGACUAAGUUCCGGAAGGCCAGUCGGGGUGCAAAGCAGCAGCGGGGCGUCGUUGAUGCGCGGACACUCGCCCAAUUCUUCCGGGCCUAUGCUGCAUGGGUGGCACAAGCACGGGCAUUGGAGGCUCGCGCCUCAGAUCUGAGUGCUGCUGUGGCGGCGCAGCGUCGCCGACGGCGCUUGGGAGCCUGGGCCAUGCACGGUCGGGCAUUCUUUGCCUCCUCCAAAUGCGCCGCUGGCGCUUUCACAUCGUGGUUGGCGCAGGCUCGCAAGAACAAGUCGCUUCAGUGGGCUUCGCAGACGCUUGUCUCGGAGCGCACGCUUCGAACGUGGCAGUACGGGCUUCGCAAGCUGUGUGAAUGGCGCAAACUGCGACGCGGGCUGAAGGCGAUCAUGGCAGGACGUGGGAUUUCGUGGCUCCGCCAGGCGUUGAAAUGCUGGGUGGCCGCUUUGGGACCAGCACGCUGGGCUGCUUCCGAGUUUCUUCGCCGCGGGCUAACUCAGCAGAGGCUUGUCUUCGUCUCCUGGGCGCGACACCAUGGUGAGGGCCGGCUCCGGCGGCAGCACGCGGAGGCCCUGAACCGCCGCUCAUCGGAGCUGCGGGCCAGCCAGGCCCUUGUGCGGUGGCUGUCUCGCGGCCGGCGCCGCGCCGGCGCAGCGCGAGUGGCGGAGAUCUUGGCGCGAGCUGAGAGCCACUGGCUCACUGAAGAGGACUGGAUGCGGCGAGCCUUGUCUGACCAUGGUCUCCAAGCCAUGUUCUACCGCUUCGCUGAGGCCCUUGACCAGCACAGGUCUCGUCGAGAGCCGCAGGGUGGAAGCUUGUUGCUCCGUGGCAGCUUUCAGUCAGUGGUGACACUCAUCUGGGCACGCCAACAGCUUUCCGUGGUGUUGGGCAGGAUGCGGGGCUACCAUCAGCCCUGGUUCCUGGGCUUCUGGGCCUCAGGGCCCUGGCCCUUGCUAGCGCCCUCGGACCCCUACUUCCUGCAAGCGGAGAUACGCCUUCGAGUGAUGAUCUCAAAGCUGGAGGCCGAGCGAGCUCAGGAGUACGUGCCAUCUGCCUUCCGCAUGAUGCGAAGCGACGACAGCGAGUCGACCACGCCAUUGCAACAGCGCCAGCUGCUGUGGCAGGCCCUGGCUGAUUUGCUCGUGGUUCAUCAUCCAGGUUGGCCGAGCCAGCCACCCCGACGUGAGGCGGCCGAGCCUGUGACGCCGGUGAAAGGUCCUGUCAGUUCGCCCCUCCCGCACUUUGGUGCCGAGACAAGGUACCGGAAGGGCUGUGAGGUCUUUGCGCGGAAGCAUGAUGAGGAUGAUGAUGAUCUUGCAGCUGGGGGCUCUGGCUUGGCCGUCCUGGAGCGCAACGUUCAGGGCAGCCGCAACUUGGUAGCCUUGUUGGUGGAGGACCGACUUGCGUGCGGCAUCAUCGAAGAUGCCGAACGCCGAGGACUCAUCAAACCCGGAGACACGGUGGUGGAGGCGACCUCAGGAAACACAGGCAUAGCCUUAGCGAUGGUAUGUGCACAGCGCGGCUACAAGUGCGUCAUUACCAUGGCGGAAUCUUUUUCUGUGGAGAGACGAAAGCUUAUGCGCUACUUGGGUGCCCGAGUCAUCGUGACGCCACGGGCCGGCAAAGGUACCGGCAUGGUGAUCAAGGCUCAGGAGCUAGCCAGAGCACAUGGGUGGUUUUUGUGUCACCAGUUCGAAAGCGAAGCGAAUCAUCAGUUUCAUUAUAACACCACUGGAUUGGAGAUACUCAGUGACUUUGACGGCGCGCAGCUGGACUACCUCGUUCUGGGCUACGGGACCGGUGGGACGUUUGUUGGCGCAGGGCGACGUCUGCGUGAGCACCGUCCUGAGGUGAAGAUUUGCCUGGCAGAACCUGCGGAGGCGCCUCUGCUGGCAUCUGGGCAGAAAACGGAGCGGCGCGCGGAUGGCUCUGCCACAACCUCCCACCCCUUCUUCGCUCCUCAUCUCAUUCAAGGCUGGACUCCCGACUUCAUCGCCAAGAUUGUCGAGGAUGGUGUGAAGAAUCCAGGCUAUGACGAAUACGUGGCAGUGUCAGGCACUGCGGCCGUGACCAUGUCACAGAUGCUCGCGAAGACUCAGGGCAUCUUCACGGGCCUCUCGGGAGGAGCUUCCAUGCAUGCAGCUGUCGAGAUGGCCAAGAGAGCCCCUGAAGGGUCAGUUCUGCUUGUGUUGCUCGCGGACACGGCCGAGCGCUACUUUUCGACGCCUCUCUUUGCCAACAUCAAUGAGCACAUGAACGAUGAAGAGCUUGUGAUUUCUAGGUCCACUCCGAGUUUUCAAAUGUAG